UAUCUGCAUCACGUCAUUUUGUGUCAGGCACUGUAGCAAUAAAUAGUUUGACCAUCUCAAACAGUUGUUUCACCAAACUAGGUAGACAAUGAAGCACCUCUUGCUAAUUUGUAUUGUGUAUUUUUUCAAUUAUCCGUUUGUAUACUGCCAAAACAGACGUGGACCGGGCUAUUGUAUGCCACCUGACAGUACAGUAAUAAAUUGUUGCACCGGGUUUUAUAAAAGUGGGGAUAAUUGUUUAGAAUGUGAUUCGGGCUCUACUGGUUCAAAUUGCUCCUCACCCUGUCCACCCGGAUACUUUGGUCAGCAAUGCAGAAGAUUGUGUGAUUGCUCACCUGGCGAAUACUGUGACGCAGCGAGAGGUUGUUUGUGUAACUCAACAGAUGUAAACUGUGCAUAUUUAGAGGGAGAAAGGACUGAAACAACAAUGAAAGAUUAUACAGAUAAUGUGUCAAUCAUGUCCGAAACAAGAACGGAGUAUAUGUACCUGGAACAGACCAUUGUCGCUGUAUGCAUAUUUGUCUUCGCAGUAAUAAUUAUUGGAACGGUUUGUAUCAGGAUAUGGUACACAAAAACACUGAAGAAAAGAGAAGAUGAAAUACUGACCUUGCAUAAUGUUGCUGAUGCCGACUUUAGAACUCAACGCUCGACAUCAGUAGAACUUGAUGAUUGUAACACGGAAUCAUCCGAUAUUUACAACCGCCUAACCUUAAGAGUUAAGCAUCAAAAUCCGUCUGUCGGUCACACGGAAAACUUAACAACUAGUGGAAGUCCGUCCUAUUGUGCAGGUCCAACAUCGGAUGAUCCAUCACACCAUAGAAAGAAGAAUUCCAAUAUCAACAACAUUUCACCUAUCACAGUUUGUAAGAAAAACAAAAAGGAGUUACAGACUCAUGUUGUUGAUAUUGGAAAACCUCACGGCCAAAACACUGAACAAAAAUCAUAUAUAUACUCAAUCUCUAGCAAACAUGCUAGAAAAAAACCGCGUUCUAACACUUCAGGGCUCAAACAACAGAGAGCUGGCAGAACAACUUUUAAACCCACACUCACAGAACCGGUUCACGACAUAGUCUUGGACCAGCAAAACUCAAAUGUAAAACCUCCAGCAUGCUUAGGUAGAAUCCAUGAUAAAGAAUUAUAUGCGAACAAUUGCGAUAUGGAUUUUUCCAACCGUUGUUUGAGACGAGACAAUUCAAUAGAUGAAGACUCUAACGAAUACUUUGACGUCAGAUACGACGGGAAAAUGACAAUGUAUUUUGACCAAAUUAACAAUUCUGAUCGAUCCGAGCCUAGUUCAUCUGAAACUUUUCCCGAUUUGACAGAUUAUAUCAACUGUGGUUUAGCCAAAGGUUACAAUGUUCAGUAGCAUGGUGCUAUGAACGAAAUAUAUCAAUGCACCAAAUGUAAUUAGAUCCCGCUUCCUUUAUUUGUUCAAUUUUUUUCAAUAAUGCUAAUAUCAUAAUUCACACAAUUUGAAGUUUAAUUAUUCAUAUUGAUUUCAUGAUGUUAGUUGUCCGAAUAAACAAUAUAUUUUGCGAACUUUUUUUCGGAGAAAAACGUAUUUCAAUGGAAAAAGAACCAUUUUUUUGGUAUAGCAUUGUAGUAACAAAAA